CAAUCCGGGCCACCUAUGCAUUAUUCCUUCUCUCAGAAACGCUCAAGCGAGGGAAAGAAGCAUAGCUGUUAUCAUCACAUAGCAUUCUUGUAACCCAACGUGCGUAUCUUACCGUGACGUGACGUGACGCCGAGAUGAGCAAGGACUGCAUCAAAAUUGCGGAUGAUUACACUGGCUAUGCUCUGUCCAACUUCUGUGUCCCUCGCCACUAUGAGGAGGACCUGGAGAAUGUGCUCAUUCCCUGGGGGCUGAUUCAGGACAGAACAGAACGCCUUGCCAGGGACAUCUUCCAGGACAUCCGAGAUGAGCCCCUGACAGCCCUUUGUGUUCUGAAGGGAGGCUACCGCUUCUACACAGACCUUCUGGACAAGCUCACCACUCUCAAUCGCUUCCAUGCCUCUGUUUCAGUGCAGCUCCAUGUUGACUUCAUCCGCCUCAAGAGCUAUGAGAAUGAUGACUCCACAGGGGACAUUCGAGUCAUUGGGGGUGACAAUCUGAGCAACCUUCGGGGCCACAAUGUGCUGGUGGUGGAGGACAUCAUUGACACAGGCCGCACCAUGAGUCGCCUCCUGGCCAUCCUGCAGAAAUAUGAGCCCAAGUCUGUCAAGGUUGCUUCUCUCCUUGUGAAGAGACGUCCUGAUUCAACUGGAUACAGGCCGGAUUACUGUGGCUUUGAGGUGCCAGACAAGUUUGUGGUGGGCUACGCUCUGGACUACAAUGAAUACUUCAGGGAUCUAAAUCAUAUUUGCGUGAUCAAUGAUACUGGUAAAGCAAAGUAUAAAAUCCAACAAAACUCCCACUAGUCUCCAGCUACUCAAGAGAUUUGUUGCCUUCAAGCUUCCACCUUCCUUCCAAGCAAGACACAACCUUCACAUUCAAGGCAAAGGAAGCUGCCUUGGUUAUAUGGUUCAGUGUACACACUCAAGGAACUAAUCUUGGUACUGCUAAGGUACCACAAACCUGUAUGUAUGCUUGUAUAGAUACCAUAGGGACCUUUCUAAGUAAAUGCCUUUGUCAGGUGGGAAGUUCCUAUCCAGUGGAGUACCAUGAGAAAAGAUUUAGUAGUGUUCAUGGUUACCUAACAUUAUCUUGUGACUUCAUCUUUUGCUUCUCCUCUCAUGCCUCUGUAAUGGAGAGACACCAAUAACCUCUUAGCCUCCAUGCAGUUGCAGUGUGUCCUAUGUGUAAGUAAAACUAGACCAGUAAAUUAUUAUACAAGAUCUUGUUGAACUGGCAGGAUAAUUGAGAUCACAUUUACUCUGAUUUUGGCAUGUUUAGUCUUACUUCAGGGUUGUGUAUGCUGUUUCUACUGGGAGGUAAGAAGUUAACUUUAUGGCAGUUUUUUUUUUUUUUUUUUAAUCUUUACCAUUAACAAUUUAAAAAAGAGAGAGAGAGAGAAGCAUCAGUGAUGAGACAUAUCAGUUUAUGCAGGUCUAGUGCUGGAUCUUUUCUCAUGAUAAUCUCCUCUGGUCAGGUGCAGCCAUCAGGAAGAAAUGCAAGAAAAUAUGCACAUUCCAUAAAUAGAUAUUUUCUAAUAUGUAAUUAAAGUCUCUAGUUUUUAUUUUAUAAUCAGCUAAAAAUAUAUGAUGAGUUGUAAAGAUAAUUAUCUUGUAUAGAUAAUUUUAUUUAGGGUCUCAAAAUGAAGGCUCCAGUAGAAAUAAUUCAUCUUGGACACAAUGAAGGAAAUAGUCAUGGCAUUACCACAAAGACUAUCUCCUGCCCCGCCCCCCUCCUCGUCCCCGGCUGCCCCGCCCCCCACCCCUCGUCCCUCUGCCCCCUCGCCCUCGCCCUCUGCCCCGUCCCCGGCCCCGCCCUGCCUCCUGGGAUGCACGGUGCUUCUCCACCAGUGGCAGGAGGGUGGUGCUGCAGAAGAUGCAUCCUGUGGCUGUCAGCUGCCCAUCCUUCAGUUUGCUCUUACCCUGAGGAGGAAGGGUGAGACAAAUUAGUGUGGUUAUGAGGCUCCUUUCCUAUCAUGUCCUUGAGCUGCAAAGCUGAAACUGUCACCAGGUGGAUGGAAGUGUCCUGAGCCACUACAUUAAGCUGCUUGAGUCCAGGGUUAGAAAAACAUUUUUUCUCCCCACCCAACCCAGUGUUUUUUUUGGAGGGUUUUAUUGUUUCUUUUUAGGGUAUUUUAUUUAUUUUUUUGUUUAUUCCUCAUAUUUAUAUGUAUGUCACUUUAAAUAAGCAAUUAAAGAGUAAUCUAGAGUGAAACAAAAGGUUUUAAGUGUUAUCUGAAGGAUAGACAGUUGUUUAGUUCAUAUUGAUACAGGUUGGUCCAGUUGGACAAAGCUUGUGUUAAAUUGUGCUGUACAGGACUUGACUACUUUUACAUUUUUUUAUGUAUAUGUAAAGACGGCUUCCUGCUUAAUGAAGCAGCUUUCCUACCCUUAUUUUUAACUAAAGCCACAUGUAAACUUUGAGGGAUUUUAAUAGGUAAAUAUCAUAGGCCAGAAGUUGUGGUGUCAAUUAAGCCACACAUUUGUCAACCCACUCCAUGUUUGCCUCCCCAUCUCCACUUCCUUCUUGUUUCUACAUUUCUCAUACUCCCCUCCUUAUCUCCCCCAUCUAAGCCCUGUGUUUGUGUGUGACAAAUGUGUGUGACAAGUGUGAUUAAGCUAUUAAGAUAUCAGCUGGACUUGUAACACACUCAAACACAGGAUAUUAUCUAUUUUCUUUUCUGGAAGUUUAAGCAACCAUGUGGUAUGCCCAAGUGUGUGUGUGUGUGUGUGUGUGUCUCUCUCUCUCUCUCUCUCUCUAUGCAUGUACGUAUAUAAGUAAAAAGGAGAGGUAUGAGGAGCAUGGUGGAUGGGAAGAGGAAAUGGAAUGGGGAUGUGGUGGUGGGGGGAGGGGGAAGAAGGCAGGCCCAAGAUUCAUGUCAAAGAUAGCUCUAGCCUCUAGCCAAUAACAGCAGCUAAAAAAGACAGGUGUUGCUUUUGUUAGAAAUAUAGGUAGGAAAGCUGCUUCAUCAAUUAUGGAGCUGUCUGUACAUAUAUAGACCUUAUUUAUCAAUAUGUUAUAAAACUGAAUUUUUACAUGUGAAAAAAAAAGUAAGCUUUUUUUUGGGGGGGGUGGAGGGGGAAGGGGGGGUCAAUGUCAACCCUGCUUGAAUCUAAACAAAAUGAAUCUGAUGUGGUGUGAUUUGUAAGACGACUGUGUGUGCCAUAUUGGCAAGCGAGAACUGCAUCCCUAGUUUACAGAUAAUUUUGUAAAAAAAAGUAUUUUAUUAUUGAUGCAUUAGAUGUAGACUAAAUUUUUAUACUAUCCUUGUAAAACAUGCAUUAUACAUAGAAUAUAGAAAAGACCAGUGAAGUGAGAUAAAAAAAAAAAAUAAAAAAUCAUAGCUUGUAAGAAGUGUGGAAUCCUGCAGGGAACACAAAAUAGCAGUUACUAUGUAAGAUGAGCCCACAAUAGGUCUGUAGGAUAAGCCACUGUCACCUAAGAGAUGCAUCACUGCUUAUCAGCCAUUUAUGUGAAAUAAUGUUAUGUACCUGAGAAGCGUCACUUGAAUUUCAAAACAGUGAGAUUUUGUGUAGCAUAUAUUGAAUGUAGCAGAACACAGAAGACCUAUUUGUUAUAGUAGGAAUGCAACUAGGAAUUUAAUGCGCCAUGAAAAUCAUAUGCAAGUCUCUCUCUCUCUCUCUCUCUCUCUCUCUCUCUCUCUCUCUCUCUCUCUCUCUCUCUCUCUCUCUCUCUCUCUCUCUCUCUCUCUUAUUGCACUCCCACAAUAUGUUAAACCACAGCUGCUCACCACAGUCCCUCUUUCUCUGAUCAUCAAAGAACAAAACUACUACUAAAUCUAAAGUGCAACAUUAUUUGUCAUUGAUAUGCAAAUCUCAAUGAUUUCACCCUUGUUUCUCUUGUCAAAGCAUACUGUAACUGUCCCAAACAAUGUGCUUUCCUCCCAUAAUAAAUGUUUAUUUUCUGAAAAAUUCCACUCUAAAGGGAUAUAAACAUUUUGUAAGCCACUAAA